AUGGCAGCCAGGCGAGAGUCCUUGACGGACAUCCGCGCCAUCAAUCCUGACCUGGCCCUCAGCGGCAACAUCAUCUCCGCCACGUUCAACAUCCCCCACAGCCUCGAUUACCACAAGGGUGCCGACUGGGUCCUAAAACCCCGCCGGGGUCAGUCUGCGCUCUUCGACUCGUUCUCCUACCUCUCCUCCGACAAGUCGCCGUGGAACCACACGGUGGUCGCCUGGACGGGCGAAAUCAGCCAGCCGAUUGACAUUCUCUCGCCGCCGGACACCCCACCUACGUCGGCGGCCGUCGCUCCCUUGAACGCGCUCUCUGCACCGAUCCCUGUCGAUGGCUUCCAGCCGACCGCGCCCGUGCAGCAUGAUUCGGACGGCCUCUACAUUCCCCGGGAGGAUAUGCAGCGGCUUGACGAGCAACUCGCGCACGACCCGCGUAUCAAGGUGGCACCGGUGUGGCUGGCCGACGAUGCUGCCGAGAACUCGGAGGAGGGCAUUCGGCUAAAGGACCAGGCACGGUGGCGGCGGUACGCCGAGCACGAGCUGUACGGCCUUUUCCACUACAAGCAGCACGGCCCGACCGACGGCCGCAAUGAGCGUCUGCAGUGGGCCGACUUCUACCGCAUGAACCAAAAGUUCGCCAACAAGAUUUCGGAGCUGUACAAGCCGGGCGACAUUGUCAUUAUCCAUGACUACUACCUCAUGCUCCUGCCCAGCAUGCUGCGCCAGCGCUCCCCAAACAUGUACAUUUCGUUCUACCUGCACUCGCCCUUCCCCAGCAGCGAGUUCUUCCGCUGUCUGCCACGCCGCAAGGAGAUUCUUGAGGGCGUGCUUGGCGCCAAUCUCAUCGGCUUCCAGAGUUUCGGCUAUGCGCGACACUUUUCGAGCUGCUGCUCGCGGCUACUGGGCUUCGCGUCUGAUGCCAACGGCGUCGACACGUAUGGCUCGCGCGUCGAGUUUGGCGUUUUCCCGAUUGGGAUCGACGUGGCAAAGGUUGAGCGCUUGGCAUGGGGCGAUGCGGUCAACCAAAAGUACGAGGCGCUGCGGAAUAUGUACGACGGCAAGAAGAUUAUUGUCGGCCGCGACCGCCUGGACAGCAUUCGCGGUGUGGACAAGAAGCUUCUGGCGUUCGAGGCCUUCUUGGCCAAGUACCCCGAAUGGCGCGACCGUGUGGUGCUGAUCCAGGUCACUAGUCCUACUUCGAUUGAGGAGGACCGCGACAACGAAGAGGCGAAGAUUGCGAGUCGGGUCAACGAGUUAGUCAUGGCCAUCAACGGUACCUACGGCUCGUUGGGGUUUUCGCCCGUGCAGCACUACCCACAGUACCUGAGCCAAGACGAAUAUUUCGCCCUGCUGCGCGCUGGCGACAUCGGCCUCAUCACCUCUGUGCGCGACGGCAUGAACACGACCAGUCUCGAGUACGUCAUCUGCCAGCGCGACAACCACGGCCCGCUCAUCAUCUCCGAGUUCAGCGGCACGGCCGGCAGCCUUCGCGAAGCCAUCCACAUCAACCCGUGGGACUUUACUGUCGUCGCCGACGCCAUCGAGCAGGGCUUGACCAAGUCGCCCGAGGACCUGGCGCGCAUGCACAACCAUCUCUACGAGCACGUCACGACAAACACGGUGCAGCACUGGAUCAACAACCUGAUGGAUCGCCUCGUGAACGUGCUCAGCUCGCGGCGCAACGUCGCGGCGACCCCGCUGCUCGACCGUUCUGUGCUUCUCUCGCAGUACCGCGACGCCCGCCGCCGACUGUUCCUCUUUGACUACGACGGCACGUUGACGCCUAUUGUGCGCGAGCCGAGCGCCGCUGUGCCGUCGGAGGCCAUUAUCAAGGCCCUGACCAAACUGGCGUCCGACCACCGCAAUGCUGUGUGGAUCAUCAGUGGCCGCGACCAGGAGUUCCUCAGCCAUCACUUGGGCCACAUCAAAGAGCUGGGCUUUAGUGCAGAGCACGGCAGUUUCAUGCGCCACCCAGGGCAGGAGGACUGGGAGAACUUGGCCGAGAAGCUGGACAUGGGCUGGCAAGCCGAGGUGAUGGAGAUUUUCCAGAAAUACACCGACCGCGUGCCUGGCUCGUUCAUUGAGCGCAAGCGCUGCGCCCUGACAUGGCACUACCGACUGGCCGACCCCGAGCAGGGCCCGCACAUGGCACGCGAGUGCCACAAGGAGCUGGAGGCGACGGUGACGCGCAAGUGGGACGUGGACGUCAUGGCGGGCAAGGCGAAUGUGGAGGUGCGCCCCACGUUUAUCAACAAGGGCGAGAUUGUCAAGCGCCUCGUGUCGUCGUACGGCUCGGACAUUCGCAGCGUGGCCAGCGUUGGCUCGCGCACGCCCAUGGAGGCGUCGGGCGUGCUCAGCGCCGAGGGCGGAUUGCAGACCGCCCAGCCUGCGCCUGCGCAACAAAACGACAACGAGCUCGAGUUUGUGCUGUGCAUGGGCGACGAUGCGACCGACGAGGACAUGUUCCGUGCGCUCAACGGCCUGUCGACGCCGCAUGACGACGACGCGCCGGCCGCUGUCACGUCGGAGCACGUCUUCACGGUGACGGUCGGCGCGAGCACCAAGGUGACGCUGGCCAAGUGGCAUCUGCUGGAGCCCGAGGACGUGAUUGACUGCGUGGCGCUGCUGGCCGACACGGCCGGCCCUGUGGCGACGAUUGGCGAGGUGAACCUGGCGGCGAUUACGGCCGUCGAGGGCCGCAUCCCGGAAUAG